AAAAAAAAAAAGGGUGCACUGCUUGAUUACUACUAAUUGAAGCCACCGGUGGAUGAAUUUCUGUGGGCGACUGGAGCUGAGAUCCAUACUGUGGUCUGUGUGAGAGUGAGAUUAUCGACAAUGGCGCUUCGAAUUCUAAGCAGGAAAACCGCAACGCCUUCAAUUUCUGGAUUGUUAGGGUCUGGACAUUUCCGCGGCCUGCAAACCUUCUCCUUGCCCGACCUCCCUUAUGACUAUGGCGCUCUUGAGCCCUUCAUCAACGCCGAAAUUAUGCUGCUUCAUCAUCAGAAGCACCAUCAAGCCUAUAUCACCAACUACAACAAGGCUCUUGAGCAACUUCACGACGCCAUUAACAAAGGCCACGCCUCCACCGUUGCCAAAUUACAGAGUGCCAUCAAAUUCAAUGGCGGAGGUCACAUUAAUCAUUCGAUUUUCUGGAACAAUCUCGCUCCCAUUCAUGAAGGGGGUGGUGAGCCUCCAAAGGGAUCUCUAGGAUGGGCGAUCGACUCCCAGUUCGGUUCUCUUGAAGCCUUAAUUCAGAGAGUCAACGCAGAAGGUGCUGCUUUACAGGGCUCUGGAUGGGUGUGGCUUGCUCUGGAUAAAGAACUGAAGAGGCUAUCUGUUGAAACCACGGCCAAUCAGGAUCCUCUUGUGACUAAAGGAUCUGCUUUAGUUCCUCUGCUUGGGAUAGAUGUUUGGGAGCAUGCAUAUUAUUUGCAGUACAAAAACGUCCGACCAGACUAUCUGAAGAACAUAUGGAAGGUUAUAAAUUGGAAAUAUGGUGGAGAGAUUUUUGCAAAAGAAGCUGGCGUUGUUGAGAGUCGUUAAGAGUCUCUUUGUUGAAUCUUCUAUAAGGUGUGUGUGUUGAAUAUUGAAUAAUGAGCAGCCUCGUAUGCAUAGGUGGUUUAAGCCUUGUGAUGAGGUGAAAUGCAUCUUUUUAAAGUACUUCAUUAGAGCAGAUGACGAAUGCAUGAGGCCACUUCUUUUUCCCAGUUA